GGUAUGGAUUUUUAUAGAAGUAAAUAUGUGCCACCAGGAUUUGAAUUUGAAAUGUAGUGAUCACGUUUUCAGUUUAUGUAUUUCAGCCGCUUUCUUAGUAUGUGACGUCACGUGACUAAGAAAGCGGAACUGCGAUUGGCUAAGUCUUCGGUUCUGACCUGAAGUCACCCUGCCUGGUGGCACAGACGGUGAAUUUCGGACAGCGAAUUGUACACAGUCGAAUUGUUAACAUUGAAAAGUUACACUGAAAUACAACUAUUGAAAAUGAGCUCACUGGACAUUUCAAAUUCAAAUCCUGGUGGCACAUAUUUACUUCCGUGCGUUUUCGGGGCUCGACUUCCAACUACCAAAUGUCACUUUGCUGAGUCAAACUGGCUUCACGGGCUAGCUAAACAAAAGAAAAAUUGUGGGACGCCCUUCAAAAUGGCCGCUGCGAGCCAAAAUGGCAGAUUGUGUACAGUUGAGCAAAAGUGGGAGCACGUGUGGGGAAAGGAAUAGUAAGACAUUGUUGUUCCACUAGUGCGCUACAAACAAGGAGCGUACUAGUACACUGACAUUGAACCGCAUUUCAUGGAUCUCGAAUAAACGGCUUUGGUAGAUCACGUACGUCGAAGUGGUUUGAGUAUUUUCAAUAUCCAGCUCAAAGUUGCACUAGUAGGCCCCGCAUGGACACACUUUGACCUUCACGCGGGAACGGAUGGAGUCAGGGCGGGGCUUGCGCCCAGGCCACCGCCACGCUGCCGUCGUCCGAGCCAAUCGCGCGCAGGCGACCUGCUUCGUAGGUCGGCGGCCGCACGCGUAAGGUAACGUGGACCCCGACCAGAGUUCAGAUGUCCCCCAAUGCGUUCGUUGCCACGUCUUUUUCCGCCUUAACCGUCGACGUUUCUCCACCGUUUGAAAAAAUGUUCAUCCAGCUCAUUGGUGACUUCAGUGGAAUUGUUCACCGUGGAACCAAAAUGUCCACGUCGGAAAAAAUGAAAUGGGCCAUUUCGAAAUAUUUGCAUAAUUUUGACCGAUUUGAAGCCAUUGCGACUUUUCCAUCCUUCAUUGGAGUCAAUAUUCCUUCGGCGAUUUGCGCACACUUUUUUUGCUCGAUCCCACACGCACGGCGGGAAGGCUGGCUCGGAUGGUGUCGGGCUUUGUGGCAGAUGUGCGGCGAAACGUGCGUUUUAUUGUCGAAGGAAGGCCCGAGCGUGUUUUUCAAGCGCCCGCCGCGCUUUUCGCUUUGCGUCGGCUGGCAGGCGGCAUCGCGGGCGGCAUCGAGAUCUGCGUCACCUUCCCCACCGAGUACGUCAAGACUCAACUGCAGCUGGACGAGAAGGCCAACCCGCCCAAGUACAGAGGCAUCGGUGACUGCGUCAAGCAGACUGUCAGCGGCCACGGCGUCAGGGGUCUGUAUCGGGGUCUCAGCUCGCUGCUCUACGGCUCCAUCCCCAAAGCCGCCGUCAGGUUCGGCGUCUUUGAGCUCCUCAGCAACCGGAUGCGCGACCAGAACGGCAAGCUGGACAGCAAGCGCGGCUUCCUGUGCGGCCUCGGAGCCGGCGUGGCCGAGGCCGUGGCCGUCGUCUGCCCCAUGGAGACGGUCAAGGUCAAAUUCAUCCACGAUCAGACCUCGGCCAACCCCAAGUACAAGGGCUUCUUUCACGGGGUGCGCGAGAUCAUCAGAACUCAAGGCCUGAGAGGAACCUACCAAGGGUUGACGGCCACCGUGCUCAAGCAAGGCUCCAACCAGGCCAUCCGCUUCUACGUCAUGACCUCGCUCAGGAACUGGUAUAAAGGCGACGACCCAAACAAAUCCAUUAACCCCUUGAUAACGGGAAUGUUUGGCGCGCUCGCCGGAGCGGCCAGCGUCUUCGGGAACACGCCGCUGGAUGUCAUCAAAACCCGAAUGCAGGGUCUGGAAGCGCACAAGUACAAAGGCACCGUGGACUGCGCCAUGAAGAUCAUGAAGCACGAAGGUCCCAGGGCGUUCUACAAAGGUACCGUGCCUCGUCUGGGUCGGGUGUGCUUGGACGUGGCCAUCGUCUUCAUCAUCUACGAGGAGGUGGUGAAGGUCCUCAACAUGGUCUGGAAGACGGACUGACAACGGAGCCGCCUGACGGGCCCAAACCGGUUUCUCCCAGUCCCCGCUUCUUCUCCCGUCUACCUCUGAGUUGAGUGAAAAGUGAGAGUCGCCCGGUUGUCGGGAAACGCGCCCGCUGAGUGUGUGGAAAUGUGGACGCGAGCCGGGACGGGUUUGAACCCAACUGGCCGCAGCAACAACAACUCCGUUACAACAACUUACAGAAAAGAAUUUAACCACCAACAAAUCAAACCCUCUUACGGAUGCAAUUUACAUUCCAUACUUUCCUGAUAAAUGAAAUGUUAUGGAAAACAUUCAGCCUUUAAGUGCCUACUCGCUGUCAUUUGAGCUUUAUGUGAGGUGUGCGAUAGAUAGUGUCAUGUUUUUUUUUUUUUUGCUUUGCUUUUCAAGUAUGAUUGAAGAGUCCCUUCGUCGCCAUUCCACAGAAUUUACUUGGGUGCUUUUAAGAUGACGUACAUGAUAUGAAUCGCCACGCUCAUUCUUUGAAUGUCAGCGUUUGCGUUUUACUUGCCGAGCUCAGCACCGGCCCGACUUUCAUACACGGGCCGGAUAUCGUUAUCACUUGUAUGCGUAUUCCCACGACGCGGGUUCUCAAACUGUUUGACUUCAAGGAGACAAAGAUUUCGUGAACGUAAGAACCAGAUCAAUCAAAAUUAAUAAUUGAAAGAGCAAAUGUAAAGAAGUAGAGGAUCAUGCAAAUGAAAAGUCAGUUGCGGAUCAGUCGGUGGAGCGGGUCGUCCGGUCACCGAAGGGUGGCCGGUUGGAAUCCCGGCUCCCGGAACAACCUGGUGCAAGGCGCAGAAGCCGGACUUGCUCCUAUUGGGCCUGGCUCCAGAUGCCCUUUGCUGUUUGAAUGUGGCUAUGAAUGGAAACUACCCUGAUUGUGAUUCUUACCAUAAAAGCGCUUUACACAAUAAGAGCAAAGGAAGAUAUAAAUGACUCUGGGAUAGUCGGCUGUAAGUGAUUUUCUUUUCUUUUCAUUUUUGCUUUUCAUACUACUUGACUGAUUUUUGUGUUUUGUUUCUCUUUUAAUGCUUGUAUGCUGUAUGUGAUUUAUUUUGUUUAUUUUUUGUCUCUUAUUGGGAUGCCAGUCCCCACUUCUAUACAAUUAUUGCAAACCUUGCGGACCCCAGUUCGAGAAUCUGUGUCAAAAUAGUUUUCAGUCUUUUUUUUUUUUUUUUUUGAACGCUCACAAAUAAUA